AGCCGAUCAGUGGCGAAGAGGAUAAAAGUAAAAGUAAAAAGUAUACCUGUACAUUCGAAAUUGUAUACAUGCAGGGUAUUUGUAUACGGUACUGUACCUGCGUUGUUUAUUACGGAUGCUGAACUGUAUGCAAUACUUGCAGUGUCUAUAUACAUGCCGUAUCAUUUGUAAAUUGUAUGACAAAUUUAGUGAAUAAGUAUUACUAUCAUUAUUAUUAUUAUUAACUCUACAGUAGUACACAGUCAACCUGCGUCCUUCACUCGUGGCUAUGAAGUCUGUUAGGCAAAUAAUUUAGAAGAUAAUUUUACUUUGUCAAUUACCUAAGAGGUAACACGUGAAAGCAAAAGCAGGAAAAUUUUGUUGAUAUCGAAAUUGUAAGAAGUUUUAAUUGAAAUAAAGAAAAUAUGUCAAGACUUUUUAUGUGGAAACCGGGUGAAGAGUUGACCUUAGGUAAUUAGGCGACAAAAGCAGGUAAUUAAUUUUCAGGUAAACGUUGCCAGCAAAUAUACAAAGCAACGAACGUUUACUUGAGCCUAUGGAGGAGAGAUAUCUUUAUAGGUUUAGUCGAGAUAAUGGUGUUUUGUAGAAUUAUGAAAGCUUAAUUAAAACUUCAUUGAUCAUAUAUGUAAGAAAUCUAUGUUGUGAGUUGUUUAAUCAAUAAGUGUUCGCCAGAAAAAGUUGUUGUGGAGGAGUGGCAGCUAACUGAGGCUAGCUGGCAGCCCUGGGUGUAGAGACUAGCAGCUUACCAUGGCAGUAGCAGCGGCACUAAGUUGGUCCCGUGUCAGUUUUCGGCGAUUAUAUUUGCAGUACUCCAGAACAGCGGCUAUAAAUAGAUACUCUACUCAUAAGAAGUCUUCAGGUAGAACACAGACCCACUUGACUGUCCAAUGGCAACCUUGUAGCAUCUGUGAACCAGGAAGUAAAUGGAUAUUAUUACUGCAAUGUCAAACAAAAAAGUUUCUUCAUACAACACCCACAGCUCACAAGCUUGUACCAUUCAACCUGGCUGAUAUUGGUGAAGGCAUCCAAGAGGUGGUCAUCAAAGAAUGGUUCAUCAAUGAGGGCGAUACAGUUGCACAGUUUGAUAGCAUUUGUGAGGUGCAGUCUGAUAAGGCGUCCGUCACCAUUACUAGCCGCUAUGAUGGGGUCAUCCGCAAGCUGUAUUAUGAGGUUGAUGACACAGCACUUGUUGGCAAACCUCUAGUGGACAUUGAGGUGUCCAAGGAAGAUGUCUCUGUUGGAGCAGAAGUACAAGAGGGAGAAGCUAUAUCUGUAGGUCGUCCAGUGGAAGGUACAGCCAUCGAGUCGGGUAACUUCACACUUCCCAAAGGGAAAAUCCUCACAGCACCAGCAGUACGAAGAAUUGCUAUGGAGUAUAAGAUUGAUCUAUAUGAGGUUCAAGGCACAGGAAAGGAUGGCAGGAUACUAAAAGAAGACUUGCUGCAGCACCUGGAGAGUAAGAAGACUGGACAUAAACCUGCAGUACCUUCAGCCCUGCCUCCUACCAUAACUCCAUCUGUGUCAAGAAAACCAGCAUCACCUGCACCAGCAACUGCUCCACGUACUCUACCACCAUCCGUGCCAGUUUUCUUGGGAGAGGACAAAAAAGAGGGAAUCAAAGGUUUCCAGAAGGCUAUGGUUAAGAGCAUGUCACAUGCCAUGAAAAUCCCCCAUUUUGGAUACUACGAUGAAAUUGACAUGACUGCCCUGGUUAAACUACGUAAAGAGCUGAGAUCAUUGGCUGAAGCUCAUGGAAUUAGUUUUUCAUACAUGCCGGUGUUCAUUAAAGCAGCAUCAUUGGCUCUCUCACACUUCCCCAUCAUCAAUUCCUCAGUGGAUGAAAAGUGUGAAAACUUAACAUAUAAGGCAAGUCACAACAUUGGUUUUGCUAUGGACACCAGCGAUGGGCUUGUGGUGCCCAAUGUCAAGGGUGUGCAGGGACUGACACUACUUGAAGUAGCUGCUGAGCUGAACCGUCUGCAGGACCUGGGAGCACAAGGGGCCCUCAAGACACAAGACAUCACUGGUGGCACCUUUACACUCUCCAACAUUGGCUCGAUUGGAGGCACAUAUGCCAAGCCGGUGAUCCUACCCCCGGAAGUUGCCAUUGGUGCUAUUGGCAAAAUUCAAGUAUUGCCAAGAUUUGAUGCCACAGGUAAUGUAACCAAAGCACACAUAAUGCAGAUUAGCUGGUCAGCUGAUCAUCGCAUUAUUGAUGGAGCCACAAUGGCACGUUUCUCUAAUUUGUGGAAAUCAUUCCUUGAAAAUCCAGCAACAAUGAUUAUGAAUAUGAAAUGAUGAGGUUGAAUGUGCUCGACAUUUUUAAUGGACUUAUGUAACCACAGACUUUGAUACUUAAAAGGGUUAUUAUUACAGUACAGACCCUCAUUACUAUGAUUUAAUUACCUAAAACUGCUAGGGUCACUAGACCACAUGUAAGGGAGCAAUGUAUUCUUGAAGCAACAUAGAGCAAAUUAAAGAGAUUACAACCACCGUUGGUUCUUAUGCCCAUUGAGUUCUUUUUUGCAAGGACUGACCACCUGAUGAAUAUGCAAACUUUUUCCAAUCCCCCUGUCUCCUAAUGGAAUUUGGGCAAUAAAAUGGACCUGGGUUACCUCUAUGAAUUAAAGCUUUCUGCAAAAUUCAUUGAGGUUCAUCUCCUUCUGCCAGAGUUAUUUUUUAUCUAAAAUACACAUUUAUCCACAACUUAAUUGCAGUUACCCAAAUUACCUUCUAAAAAGAAGAGAGAGAAAUAAGUGAGUUGCUAACUGUAUAAAGCAUUGUGACUUACUGUGUUUGACCAUAGCCUUUCAUACUUAGUGAGGUAACUCAUAAAUAUGAAAGGCUAUUGUCAAACACAAUACUGUACUGUAUUGUAUUGUAUACAGGUAACAACUCUUUUUCAGGAUUACAGAAUGUAUUACUGUUAUAGAUUAAUUUUGAUUGGAGAAAAUUAAGACAAGGGGUGGCAUACAUUCUGCUGUAUUGUUCAUUGUGAAAUUUUUUUGGCCCAAUACAGUAUUAUUAAAUAAAAAGUUUAUUUUAACUUGAAGUUUGAUGAAAAAAAAGUUUUCCUAAUUUUGCAUAGAUUUGUUUCGGCUUGCAUAUUAUGUGUUGAUCAGUGUGUUCUUGAAAUUGAUAUUUCAUGUAAUAUGGUUUGACAUAAGUUUGUUCUUGCUAAAAUGGUUCAACCAGUAUUAGGUAGCUAUACCGUAGUUCCUAAAAUAGCCCUUUAGAUUUAAUUCUCGGUCAUGGUACAGUCUCACCCAAAAGUUGGUUAACUCUUCCAGCCAGCUAUUGCUGCACUGCCUGCUUCAGAUGUAUGAACUUGAGUCUGUUACUUCAAACCUUUAGAUUCAUCCGUUUCGGUUUCAUGUUCUGGUUGGUACGGAGACAGUUUCAAACAUCUGAAGCAGGCAGUGCAGCAAUAGCUGGCUGGGAGUGUUAACGAACUUUUGGGUGAGACUGUACUACAAUAGUGGGAAUGACUACCAAUUGUCCGGUUGGAAGGUGAUGCCUGGUGUUGUGGUCAGUGGAGUAGAUAAUCAUUCCUCUGACUAUUUAUAGACAUCCUUUGAUAUCCAGUUCCCUCUAAGGGUGUGGACUUAUGUAUGCUCUUCCACAAAAUUUUCAUGCAAUUGUGUUGUUAAAGAUUCUUGAAUUGAGGAAUUCUGUUUGAUCAUCUGGCUCUCAUUUAAGUUAAAAACAUGCCAUUGAUAAGCAUUAAGGAUAAAUGCAUGGUAAGUGUUGUUUAGUCAAGAAGUACAAGUGAGAAAGUAAUUAAAGAUAGAAAAAUGUUGAAGGGUUAUUCUAGUAUUGGCAAGUUUUAUAUCAGGGAAAUUAGACAUAUAGUAUGUCAACCAUGAGGUUAAUAAAUUUCUUGAAAUAUGUAAAGUCAACAUUCGAAUUAUGUUUGUCAAUUUUAUUAAUACAAUGUCUAUUUUUCAUCUGUAUCCAGAAUUUUGGGACAGCUUUAUAACAGCUAGUGUACAGGAGGAAAUCUAGUCCUUUCUUGCUGGGGAUUAAACAUGGAACCAUUCACUUGUGAGUUGAACAUUUACCUCCAAGUUUAACUUUAAAUUGGCUGAACACAUCAAUCCCUGUUGCCAACUUCAGGUCUCUCAGUGAUUUUGAAUCUUCUCUGUUUAUUUAAUAAGAUUAUUGGUUUUAGUGUCUUUGAGGUUAACUCUUUAUCUCCCAGUAAGUGAAUGUGGAUAGAUUUAAGUGCAGUAUACUUAAUGACAGCUAAUUUUGUGUCAAAGCCUCCAACUUGCUGCAUUAUAUAAAGAUUUUUCUUAUUUAUUGGAAAAAUUUAAUAAAUGUGAUUGGGUAGUAGGUGAUAGGCAUUUAAUUUAUAUCAAGGGUUUCUACCAAUAAGAAUACAGUAGUGAAAUCCUUGACCAUACCACAGCACAGUCCAAGGGGUCAUAACACUGCACAGUAAUGACAGAAAAUACUGUUUUUGUCAAGCUUGUCUAUGGCUCAUGAUUAUGAUAUACAGUAUCUACAUGCAGAUUUGGUUAAAAUGCAUUAUAUUUUGUGUGAAGUCUGAUAAAUUAAACACUCGGAUAAAGCUAUUAGUGUUUUUUAGCUAAUUAUCUGUUUUGUGGGAUGACAACUCCCAGGUUAGAAGGGUCAGCAUUGUUUGAGGCCUUGAUAUAGUGUCAGUGUGACUUGCUCACUGACAACCAUCAGAUGAGAAAGUUUAGUUGGGGUUCUUGACAUGGCUAUGUGACAGCUAUCAAAUGGGAAAAGUCUGUGUCUGCCUCUUUGCUCGUCAGAGGCAACUGUUUGUCUAUCUCUUCCCGGUUGUAGGUCUUACUUGUAUCUCUUAGGCAGGUCUUCAGAAAUAUUGGUAAUGAUCCAGAGAGGCCUGCCUCUUAUAUGUUUAUCAUAAUUACCGUAUGUUACAAUUUCUGUUACAAUUGCUAGAAAGUUCUGUAGUAAUUCAUUAUAACAUCAGAUUUAGUGGUAAAACUUUAAAAUUUUAUGAUACAAGAUUAUCACCAUAUGACUGGUCGUGAGUCUGUUCUUGCUACGUGUUUAUGGUAUUCUGUACAGUACUUAGUUACAUAAUUUUGGUCAUAUUUUGGGUUUUGUGAUUAAUUCUAGGAAAGUAUUGUUGUAUAGUGUAUAGAUUACAGUUAAGCCUUAGUAUGAAUUGUAGUUUAGGUAAUAUUAAUUGAAUAAGAACUAGUGAUGAUGAUCGCAACUGUAAUCUUGUCUUGUACAGUAUAGGGUAAGAAGCAAGAUAUUUCAAGAAUAUAUAUUACUUAUAACAUACCAAUUCUUUGCUGGUGUAUUAUACAAUACUUACUUUGUAAAUAGCAUCAUUCCUUCUGCAUCUCCUGAUCCCAUGAUUUUUUAUUCUUAAAAUUUUAUUUUGAGAAGUAAUGUGAUUGCCAUACUUUUUUUAUUGCCCUGUAACAAAGAAAUUAUUUUUUUAGAUGUAAUAUACAGUACUACAGUACGGAUACUAGUCAUGACAUGACUUGAUAUACCCUGUAUAUAUAAUAAUAAUUUUUAAUUGCACUGAAUGAACAAUGGGAUUUUUUCCACCAAUAUUACAGCAGUAUACACGUAUAUACUCCACAACAAUGUACAUAGGUGUUUUCCUGCUUAAAAUGGAGCAACUGUUGAUUAUGCAAAGUAUUUGUACAAUAUGCCCUUAAAAUUUGCGGGAGUUUGUUUCUUAAAAUGGCUGCAAAUAUCAUUUGCUGACUGCGGGGGUUCAUUUUUACUCAUGUACAAAGAUAUGUAUAUUCCCUUUAUGUGUUUGCUCUUAGGACAAUUAUUUCUUUUACCUGUAUUGUAUAUUUGUGUGUGUAGACAUGCACACAAAUAAAUAAUAAUGGGAAAAUCCUCUCACAAAUAAUCAGAAACAAGACCGUAAAAUGUAUCGAAAUGUAGAAAAAAAUGUGUGAAUCUACCCUCAAGUCAACUCCGUGCUUUGUUAUUAAAGUUGAGUUAAUUUUAUUAACAAAGCACAGAGUUGACCUGAGGGUAGACUCUCACAUUUUUUCUACAUUUUGUUGUCUUGUUUCUGGUUAUUUGUGAAAGGAUUUUCUCAUUAUUAUUUGUGUGCGUGCGUAGGUAAAAGAAAUUACUGUCUCUAGAACAAAUGGCUUCCUGUCCCAGCCACGAAAAUGUUUACAACUUUAAAACUACCCGCAGACAUUCUUGGUGUACAUCCAGCGUGUCAUCUGUGAAUAAUCAAGUUCCGCGAAUUGUCAGGGCAUGCUGUAGUAUAUGCAAAGAAUUGGGAUAGAGGCUAUGUUAGACAAAUAACUAAACAUUGUGUUUGAACCUUUCCUCUUUUGGGAAGGUGAUAACAUGGUAUCCAUGCAUGUUUGUCAAAUGUGACCAGGGUUUGAUUCUUCCUUGGGCUGUGUAGUUAUUAUAUACAACAAAUCACUGAUUUAUGUUGAGUCUAUUUGUGUUGGUUUUAUAGAAUGGUGUUAACAAAUUAAGGAACGGUAUUCUCUAUAAAUCUCACUAAAGUGACAAAGUCGUUUAAUUCCUGUGCUAAGUGUGCCAGCUUUGCCCGCCCACUUAUCAGUGUAGAAGUUACAAAAUUGCCUGUUUUCAUUGGACAUGAUGUACAGUUUUCCUUUGUUUGGUUUAAUCUCACAUGUUUUGUUUCAUGGUCAAAGUCGAAUGCUUUUUCAUGUGUUUACUGAAAAGUAUUUUUGGACCAAACUUUCAAAAACCCUUAACCAUGAGUAAAGAACAUAUUGCAAGUGCUCCAGCCAAGAAAUCCUGUCAAGCCAUCUUUUUUAAUUUGAUGUUGGACUUUCUUAGUCAUGUGGAGUGGGUUGAGCAUUGAAUGGACAGAGUUCAUGCAUACUCUUGGUAAGUGGCCUACCACAGUCAGAGCCAUAGUAUGAAACAUUGAAAACUAAAGGUAAGUGUGCAGAAUUUGACCCAGGAAGUGCAGUAUGCACUAUGAGGAGAAUAUGAGUUGGAAGACCAAAAUCUGCAAAAUAUAGUUCCUCCACUCCACACCUACACCAUAUCCUGACAAGCAAGCUUGAUCCUAUAUUUUGGUGAGUAACCAGCAAUUGGGUUCAUUAAAUUGUUUAUUUAUUUUCAUAUUUUGUUCAUGUUAUGCGAUGAUGUGUUUAAUUUUUGUCUAAUGUGUAAAUCAGUUAAGUUUGAAUCAGGGUAUAUUGACUGAUUAUAACAGGAGAUUCUAUGGUAAAAGUGUCUGAUUAAUGUUGCUUCAACAACGAUGCAAUUCUCAGGAAUGUAUUCACAAUGUAAAUCAGUGAUUUGUUGUGCUCACAAUAUAAUUUUUUUUUUUCUGCUCAAGUUUUUUCCUGUUGUACUGCAAAGUUUAGCAGCUAUAGGUUACCCUUCCUCUUGGGAGGAUGCCAGUCCAUAGAAGGGUGAGUGCACCCAACAGUGUACUCAUCUAUUGGGGAGUGUGCAAGGGCUAAGUAUGAGCAUAAUGAGGAAAGAGUCCUUCACUCUGGCUAGGAAUCAAAGUUAACAACCCUUUGCCUGUGAAGCAAAUGCUAUGUAUGAGUAUAUGAAUACACACAGUGUAACAACUUAAUGCAAUAUAAUUGUAAUAUUUCCAUUUGAAUUUCAUUCAAAAGAGUGUAUACCUAGUAUAGAUUAUACUUCUUGUAAGUUUGAUAGAGACUGUAAAUAAAUUGUUUUAGUA